CGUUAAUUUUCUUAAUUUUUGUCUAAAAAAUUUAGAAAAACUAUGAAUAAGUUAAAGAAAACUAAUCUUUCUUCAAUUCAGGAGGUUAAAUAUACUAUGGAUGACUCAGUUAGUCCGUUUAUGGCUACAAUGGGUUAUCAAGAAACUUAUCUUUUAAUGAAUAUAAGAUUUAUUCUUGGAUAUACACUUGUUAUUAUAUGUUCAAAUGUUGCUACAUGUAAUUAUAUAUUUGGAUUUAUGCCAUCUAAAACAUAUACAUUAUGGGGAGUUAUUGGAUAUUUUAUUUUAUAUGGAUGUUAUACAUUAUGGAAUUGUACAGCAGGAAGAAGUAUUAUUUAUCAAGGAAGAAAGAAAGAUAUUCGGUUGAGUAUUCGAUCAUCAAUUAGUAAGAAAGGGCCGACAUAUACAUUAACGAUUGAAAUAUUAAAAGAAGGUAUUCUGAAGAAGUUUUUAGCUAAAGAGAUGUUUAAUUUAUGGUUUACUGAGGAGGGAAUAUUUGAAAAAGAGGAAUUUAAUGUAUGGCUUAAAAAUAUUAUUAAACAAAUUGAAGAAGGAAAAGGAAGUUUUAUAAUUGAUAUAUCGAAUAUAAUAAAGAGAAAGGAAAGUUAAAAAUAAUCUAUGAAGAUUGAGGAGAUGAAUUGUUAUUGUCAAUAUCGGUUUUUAUAUCGUAUUGUGAUAAAUCAAUUUCAGUUCCUGGUAUUAGAUUAUAUGAACUUCCUUGAUUAAGUUGUCUAAAAUUAAUAUUAUUAAAAAAUAUAUAAAAUUUUUUGGAAAAUACUCUGGAAAUUUUAAUCUAUAAAUAGGUAUUCUUUUGGAAUCUUGUUGAUUUAAACGUUCCUUUGCCAAUUCAGAUAUUUUUUUAAGACUUUCAAUAUGUAUUUCUGUAUAAUUAUCUUUGUUUUUAAAAUAUUCAAUAAUUCUUGUAAAGAAUCCUUGGCCUUCAUGAUGUAGACCAUACCAUUCAUCUAUUUUAUAUAUUGUAAAGACAGAAAAUAAAAAUAAUACACUAUUUCU